AUGGCUGACCACCAAAAGGGGAAAUAUACCAAUGGCUCUGGCAAAACCUGUCAAAACUGCGCGAGGGCCAAAAUCCGAUGCAUUCGUUCUGUGGCUGCAGGGAGUUGCGACCGGUGGGUUAGUCGGAGAGAUCGUCGAUCCUCAAUGUCUAACUGGCUGAUAGAUGCAGCCGCUUGGGGAAAUCCUGUCACUUUCGGGAGGGUGGAAAUAAGGAUAGAGACACUGGAAGCCAAAGUAGAUCAGCUCUUGGCCCAAUUAGGGACGCCAACUCCGGUAUUAUAUUAUUUCCACAUGCUUCAUCGACCUUGCGAAUCACUGACAAUUAAUACAAAGGGGAACAUUGCUGAGAUGACUCCGAGUAGUUCAGCGCAUGCAAAAGAUGUCAUUGAUCAAGGCCUAAUUAGCAUAGGUGCCGCCAACAUGCUACUAAAUGAAUUUCGAGCGACACUCAUGCCACACUGCCCAUUCGUGAUAAUCUCAGCGCAGACAACCGCCGAAACACUCCGAAGAGAUAAGCCAUUUCUUCUUCUCACGAUCCUCACGGCUGCUUUGCAUCACAAUAUGCCUCUGCAACGUAAAUUGGAGAAGCAGGUAAAGAAGGUGAUCAGUGACUGCAUGGUAUUUAAUAGCCCGGUUUCAUUCGAGAUCCUUCAGGGACUUUUGGUUCAUCUCGCAUGGUGCCAGUAUCACUCUAAGCCGCGUCGGUUUUCCCAAUAUCUACAUCUUGGAAUUAGUCUCAUCACUGAUCUACAACUCGACCGUCCCCCUGAACAUCGGUUCUGGAGAACCAGAGUGGAUUUUGAUAGUGAACUAGACAGAGAGUCCAUCUCCUGGGGACGGGAAGAAAAAAGAGCUGUUAUCGGAUUUUUCUAUCUCUCAUCUUCGAUCUCACAGAUAUUACAAAAGGGAUGCUCCUUCCCAUACUUGCCAUAUUUCGAGAGUAUUUGCAAGUUAUUGGCCGCAGAUGCAGAGUAUCCGUCAGAUAAAUAUCUCCUCCAUAUUGUGCAGCUCCAACAACUUUCCGACAAAAUCACGCUGGUUUCAUCGCAGCAUGUUCCAGAAAUCCACAACACCCCAUUUAGUCUCGAGCAUUACUAUCGCGAGUUGAAAUCCGAACUCGAUUUAUAUCGCGCCAAUUUACCAUUUCUCUUGUGUGAAAACCAGACUCUCUUCAUGCAAUUUCAUACUGUCGAGAUGUAUCUAUGCCAGGUCACGCUUUUCGAUCACAAGCCCGGCGCGCAACCCCCACGUCAUGAGCUGUCCUUCCAGAUUGAAGCGUUGCGCAUGGGACUCAGCGCAGCCAAGACCUUACUCCACUUUUAUAUGUGUCUACCCUUAGGCGAUGACGCUAAAUUCAACAAUGUGGGAUGGGUUCAACUCGGGUUCGCAGUCACACUUGCAUGUAAGCUAGUGGUAGCAGCAUCGGAACCUUCGAUUCAUCCUCACACGGUCGAUUUGUGUUGUGCGCUGGAUAUCUCUAACACGAUAAAACGAUGUAUUAUUCGUAUCCAGGCGCUCAUCACGUCGGAUAUGGAUGAAUCCGGAGAUCGGGAUGUAUUCUAUCACUAUGAAAAACGUUUGAAACGUGUCCAAUGGUGGUUUGAAAGUCGAAUGAUAUCCGGAACCAGUACUGAUCAGUCCUAUCACAACAUACAACUUACGGGAGGAACCGAUUCAUCCGCUGGAGACGCAAGCCAUGGUGUUGAUGCUCUGCAGCCAACACUGAACGGUUUAGACAACCAUUUCCAGUGGCUAGACUUCUUCCCGGAUACGGCCGUUGACGAGAUGUAUGUCGACUGGAUGGCACACCCAACGACAUCAUUUGACCCGCAGCGCUUGGGUUAG